AUGCAGGUGCGCCGGUUCGCUCGUCCUGAGGCAUGGUACCGGCCACCUGGUGCAGACGGAGGCCUGAGCGGUGCCCCAGGAGAGAUUUGGACCUCAUGCACGACUGAGAGCUACAUAACAGUCACGUGCCAUUUUCUGAAAGACAUAACUAUGCGGUCUGCGGCGCUCUCCACAGCAGUUUUUCAGGGAGCUCACACGGCGCAAAACGUCACUGACGUCAUUGGAGGUGUGCUUGAAGACUGGGGUAUUCGUCAGGCAAUUGUUGCUUUUGUCACAGACAACAAUAAGAGGAUGGUGCUUGCAGCCCGACUGCUGGGCUUCGAGCACCUAGUAUGCUUCGCUCAUACGCUGAACCUCCCUGUUAAGGAUGGGCUAAAAAGCAGUGAAGAACUAGCAACCUUGCUGCUAAAGUGCAAGAACAUUGUGCGCUACGUGAGGUCUAGCUGCAUCGCUACCGCCAAGCUCCGAGAAGAGCAAGAGCGUGUCGGUAAAGUUCUGCCGCUAAAACUGAAACAGCAGACAACGAAAUGGUGGAACAGCAUUUUGUAUAUGCUGAAAAGGAUCUUGGAGGUCGGAGAGGCGCUGACCUUAACAUUAUCAAAGUUGCCCCGGGCGCCCAGCCCGUUACCAGCAGAGGAUAUAAUACUUAUUGAGGAUGUUGUGGAAUUACUAGAACCAUUCGAGGAAGCCACGAAAUUAGUGUCUGGAGAUGAGUCCACUACCAUUUCCUUGGCGAUUCCUGUGAUCCGUGGCAUCGUACGAGAGCUGGAAGAGCGUAUCGAACCAAACCUGAAGACUGAAGUUGGUAUAGAAGUUCUUCGAGAGUACAUCUCCUUCCUGUAUAAUAGAAUGGAAACUUAUGAAGAAUUACAUCUAACAUCUCUGGCGACGCUGUUGGACCCGUGA